CCAGCUGCAAAGGGUCUAUUGGGAUCCCUGUUUUUACCACAGCAGGCCCAAAAUGUACGGAAAUCAAAACAAUAUGGCCGACUGAUCAUGGACGAAUUCAAUAAUCAAGAAUAUCUUCAUUCAGAUAGCAUGGAGUACACCAAUAGUUUGCCAAACGUCGAUCCUAAACGGAACAGAUAUCCUUUCUGCAUUGUAUGGACUCCAAUUCCCCUUCUAACGUGGAUAUUUCCAUUUAUUGGACACAUGGGCAUUGCAAUGUCGUCUGGUGUUAUAAGGGACUUUGCUGGACCUUACUAUGUUUCUGAAGAUUGCAUGGCAUUUGGCAACCCAACAAGAUAUUGGAGGCUUAAUCCAGCUAAAGUCACAAGUACAUCAAGUAGUUGGGACACUGCUGUCUCAUCAGCGUCAGACGAGUACAAGCACAGAAUGCAUAAUUUAUGUUGUGACAACUGUCACUCACAUGUUGCCAUGGCACUCAAUUUAAUGCAGUAUGACAAGUCUUCAUCAUGGAAUAUGUUUAAGUUGGCGUUGUAUUCACUAGUAUUUGGAAAAUUUGUAAGUUUUGGUGGAUUUCUGAAAACAUGGCUUCCAUUUGUCAUACUCUGUACUGGCAUCGCUCUUUUGGUGGUGUUAGUGUAAUU